AUGCUGCACAAUGGUUCCAAGCCGGCCAGAAUCGAACAAGAGACCAUUAAAGAAGAUGUUAGUUUAGAGUAUGCUGAUUAUGAGCAAGCACCUGAACCAUUAAGGAAAAGGCGAAAGAUUUCAUUAACUGGUUACGAGUCUGAUUCAUCUGACGAGGAAGAUAGUGAUAUCGAAACUGUGUCCAAGUCGGAUGGGAAGCAAAAAGCUUCAGAGUACGCUAUUGAAGAUGACAUGUUUGCGGCUGAUGAAGUCGAUCAAGCUUCCAGAAAUGCAGGCAAUGAUGAGGAAUAUGACCACGAUCAGUACGAUGAAGACACCAUCGAUGAUUCCCCAGAAACGCAUCUGCCGGACGAUGGAGAUUUCCAAGUCGAGGCAUUCAAUUUAGUGGAAGAAAGAGAGAAAGGCUACCUGGAUGAAGCCGGCAACUAUAUACCGACAAAAGAUCAUGACGAGGACGCCAUGCAAGAUCAAGAUUUAUGGAUAAAUGAUUUCAAGGAUGUGCAGAAAGCGGCUGCUUCGCAAAAGCAUGCGGAGAGCAGCAGAAGGAUGGAAAACCGAAAAGUUCAACAAAGCAGCAGACAUUACAUGAUAGAUGAGGCGCUGUUGCGGUUCUACUUCUUUUUGUCCUGUGACGGUACAAUUGUAGAUACCUUGGCGAAACUGAACAAAAGACGUGAAACAGGCUGCCAGUAUGUCCUGAACUCGAUCAACUACAUCUCAGACCUGAUCAACAGUCUUGAGCAGAAGGGCCUUGAGGACGUCUAUUUGCUAAAACGCGCUAAUGUCGCCGCAUUGUACAAGGAAGAAUGUUUGAGCGAUUCUGCAGUUAUAGACGAUUAUAAAUCGCUAAUAUGGUCCUUCAGCUGGUCGAAGAAACCGUCUGUAGUGCAUGGACCGUACACAAACUACCAGAUGCAACGCUGGAAAUCGUCGUACUUCAAGGAUAACGUUGCAGUGCGAUUUCACGAUGAUGCGGAUAAGCCAGAAAACUGGCUAGAUCUAAAUAGCGUAACUUUCAUGUAG